AUGAAAAUGUUCGAUUUCCUUGCCAUCCUCAUAUAUCUUCAAUUAUCUGCGAAUUUGUUGCCACAUUCAAGCGCUCAACCCCAGCAGGGCUCAACGCUUUUUACAGAGUUUUCUGCAGAUUACAAAAACCAGCACAACGACGAUGAGUUGAAAUACGCGUAUCACUACUACAUCGAUCAUCCGGAGUCCAUGGUGCAUUUGCAUCAUCGUGAAGAGCGCCACGGCUCGAGUGUCACUGGCGAGUAUGGUUUGCUGGAGCCCAACGGCAAUGUGCGUAGUGUCUACUACAUGGUAGACGGUAAUGGCGGCUUUCGUGCCACUGUACGCACGCGUACGGCAGCGAGCAGCACACGUCAGCUAAUUCGAUUAGAACAAAAACAACCGAAGGAACCCAUACAACAUGCCCAACCAGUGGCUUUUAUCAAUUGA